AUGUCUAAACCAUUCUUUGGCAACGUCAAGAGUGUCCUCAGUGGCGACACACUCAUCCUCACGAGCCCCAACAACCCGGCUGCCGAACGAACCUUCUGCCUCGCGUAUGUGUCCGCUCCUCAUCUUCGCCGUGAAGGCGACGAGCCCUUUGCGUUCCAAUCGAGAGAAUGCUUGCGAAACCUCGUCGUCGGGAAGACUGUACAAUGCACUGUCGCUUACACAAUCCCUAACUCGGGUCGUGAAUUUGGAACAGCCAAGUUGCAGGAUGGCACCGACUUGCCUGAUGUUCUUGUCAAGGCUGGAUGGGUCAAGGUGCGCGAGGAUGCCGGCCGCAAGGACGAGAACGAGGAGGUUGUGGAAAAGCUGGAGAAGCUCCGCUCUCUCGAGAAUGAUGCCAAGGCUGAGAACAAGGGCCUCCAUGCUGGUACCGGCGGCAUCAUUGAGGUACAGAAUGACCUCGGUGGGCCCGAAUUCAUGAAGACCUGGAAGGGGAAAACUGUCGACGGCAUCGUCGAGCGAGUCCUCAGUGGCGAUAGGCUGCUCGUGAGGUUGCUGCUUUCUGAGAAGAAGCACGUGCAACCCAUGACACUCCUCGCCGGUAUCCGAACCCCCUCAACCGAGCGCAACAAUCCCUCCACCGGCGGUGUGCAGCCUGCGGAAGAAUAUGGCAACGAGGCCAAACAAUUUGUUGAGGCGAGGCUGCUCCAGCGCCUCGUAAAGGUCGAGAUUGUCGGCGCCAGCCCUCAGGGUCAGUUGGUCGCCAAUGUGAUGCAUCCUCGGGGCAACAUCGCCGAAUUCCUUCUGCAGGACGGCUUGGCUCGCUGCAAUGACUUCCACUCGACCAUGCUUGGCGAGAAGAUGGCUGCUCUGCGGGCCGCUGAGAAACAGGCGCAAGAGAAGAAGCUGCGCCUCUUCAAGCAUCACAUCGCCAAGGCGGACGGUAGCAACCAGGACAUGAUUGUGUCCAAGGUUCUCGCUAGCGACACGAUUCUUGUCCGCAGCAAGGCCGGUACCAACGAGAAGCGCAUCAGCUUCAGCAGUGUCCGCGGCCCUCGCACCAAUGAGCCUUCUGAGGCGCCUUACCGGGACGAAGCUAAGGAGUUCCUGCGCCAGAAGAUCAUCGGCAAGCAGGUCAAGGUCAAGGUGGACGGCACCAAGCCUGCCAAUGAAGGGUUCGAGGCUAAGGACGUCGCCACUGUCACGGAAAAGGGCACCAACAUUGGUCUUGCUCUCGUGGAGGCAGGGUGGGCCACUGUCGUCCGUCACCGCAACGAUGACCCCGACAGGGCACCCAACUACGACGAGUUGCUCGCUGCCCAGGAGAAGGCCAAGGAGGAGAAGAAAGGCAUCUGGUCCGGCAAACCCAACAAGGCCAGGCAAUACCUAGACUUGGGUGACAACGCCCAAAAGGCCAAGAUCAUGCUAGCCACCCUGCAGAGACAGAAGAAGGUCCCCGCCAUCGUGGACUUUUGCAAAGCCGGAUCCCGCUUCACCAUUCUGAUUCCCCGCGAGAACGUCAAGCUCACCAUGGUGCUGGGCGGCAUUCGCGCUCCUCGUGCUCCCCGCGCUGAUGGCGAGGGCGGCGAGCCAUGGGGCAAAGAGGCACUCGACUUGGCCAACCGGCGCUGCAACCAACGCGAUUGCGAGGUUGACAUUCACGACAUGGACAAGGUUGGUGGCUUCAUUGGCUCGCUCUACAUUGGCCGCGAAAACUUUGCAAAGGUCCUUGUGGAGGAGGGCCUCGCGUCCGUGCACGCAUUUUCUGCUGAAAAGUCUGGCAACGCCGCGGAGCUGUUCAACGCGGAGAAAAAGGCCAAGCAAGAGCGCAAGGGCCUGUGGACAAAAUGGGAUCCUUCGCAAGACGAGGAGCAGGAGGAGGCUGCCGAAGAGGAGGUUGAUGAGUCGGCGGCCGCUGUCAACAUGGAGAAGCCCACCGACUAUCGCGACGUUGUCAUCACCAAUAUUGACGGCAACGGCAAGCUCAAGCUGCAAGAGGUCGGCAAGGGUACCGCUGCUCUGGAGACUUUGAUGAAUGAGUUCCGCAAGUUCCACCUCAACCCUGCGAAUAAGCAGCCGUUGAAGGACGCGCCCAGGACUGGCGAGUUUGUGUCUGCACAGUUCUCUGCUGAUGGAGAGUGGUACCGCGCGCGUGUCCGCUCCAACGACCGCACUGCCAAGGUUGCCGAGGUUGUGUACGUGGACUAUGGCAACAGCGAGAAGAUCCCAUGGUCCAAGUUGCGCCGCAUGGAUCAGCCCCAAUUCAGCGUGCAGAAGCUGAAGCCCCAGGCGAUUGACGCGUCCCUGUCAUUCGUGCAGCUGCCUACCGGCCAAGACUACUUUGCCGACGCCGUUGGCUUCAUUGCAGAGCUCACCGAGGGUCGACGCCUGGUGGGUAGCUUCGACUUUGUGGACGCGAAGGAGAACGUCAGCUACGUCACACUUUACGACCCAAAGACGGACAACAAGAUGCCGGGUCUGAACGACUCGCUGAACAAGGAGGUUGUACAGCAAGGCUACGGCAUGGUGCCCAAGAAGCUCAAGGCCUGGGAGAGGAGUCGCGCAUUCGAGGACUACCUGAAGCACCUGACAAAGGUGCAGGAUGAGGCGAAACGAGAGAGGCUGGGCAUGUGGGAAUACGGCGAUAUCACAGAGGACUGA